CACGUAAACCCCCCACCAGUACACCAUCCAGCCGUAGCCCGCGUCCCCUUUGUAGCUGUCGCUGUCGACAUCGUCGCUGUUGCUGCUGUUGCUGUUGCUGCUGCUCCUGCUGCAGCUGUUGUCGUCGUGUUCUCUGCACCGACAGCUCCAGACCAUAUCCACAACCUCAGCAUCGGUACCCCAUACGCUCGAGUGCGCACGUCCUGCUGGCGAGCCGCGACGCACUAGCUCGAGGCUCGAACCCUCCACACUCUGGUACCGACAACCUCAUCACGCUUGCAUUCGCAGCCACAAGCAGAUCGCCCUGUCGAGAACAAGAGACGUUAUCCAAAAGAGAGGACCUAUCGCCACCUCCGCCGCCCGUUGCUGCUUGCAGGUACUUCGGUGCUAGAAGUCCGUGCUUUUCGCUCGUGUCCUCGCGAAGAACGGAAAGAUAGCCAAUCCCGCCACCGCCCACCAGAAGGUACGCUGAAAAGCUCCUGGAGCACGCUGCCGAUCGACGACAGAUACUCCACCCUGCUGUUCAAGCCUAGCGACUCUCCUUUGGUGUCGCAGUCUCCAGCCAGAAUCGUCCUUGCAUCGUUGUAGCUGUCGCAGCUUCAAUUCACUGCCUGCCCUCUCCACCUCCCCGUCACAAUCCUCAUUCCUCACCGCGCUACGCCGCACAACGGCUCCCCAUACUAAAUAUCACGGACAGGAUCCCUUGAGCUUGUCUGCACAGAAUGGCCUCUGCACCGCCAACACAGUCUCUCAAGUGCGUCGUCACGGGCGAUGGCGCCGUUGGCAAGACAUGUCUUCUCAUUUCAUAUACCACGAAUGCUUUCCCAGGCGAAUAUAUCCCUACCGUCUUCGAUAAUUACUCGGCGAAUGUAAUGGUCGAUGGCAAGCCGAUAAGUCUAGGUCUUUGGGACACUGCAGGACAGGAGGACUACGACAGACUUCGACCACUCUCAUACCCCCAGACAGAUGUCUUCCUCAUCUGCUUUUCGAUCGUUUCCCGCGCCUCUUUCGACAACGUCAAGGCAAAGUGGGCCCCGGAGAUCGAACACCACGCACCUGGCGUGCCCAUCAUACUUGUCGGUACCAAGCUAGACUUGCGAGACGAUGAAGCGACCAAAGAAAGCAUGAGAAAGAUGCGGACGCAGCCCAUUUCGUAUGAGGAGGCGCUGGCCGUCAGCAGGGAGAUCAAAGCGGUCAAAUACCUUGAGUGUUCGGCUUUGACUCAACGCAACCUAAAGAGCGUCUUCGACGAGGCUAUCCGAGCCGUUCUCAGCCCGCGUCCACCACCGAAGGCAAAGAAGAGCAAGAGUUGCGUGAUACUGUAGAGGAUGACAUAUCUUGAUACCGUACAUGCUAGCUUCUGUGACUUCUACCCUCUUUUUCUGUCUUUGCUUGGCAUCUUCUCGCAGAUAGACCGGUGAUUCUUACAUUUUGGAUGAAAGGCGCGCGAGGUGUCAGGAGGGAACGAAAGGGCUUAAGAAUCAAGAAACACGGGAAAUGUCACAAAUUUUGGAGCCCACGCCCAACACUCACACUCGCUGCAGCCAGGUGACUGAACAAUGGGAGCAAGGAAGCCCAUGUAUUGCCACUGAUUCCCCCCAUAUAUACGCUGUUUGUCUAUUGUCACACACCAAUAUGGCUUUGCAUAGGCUGCUCUGAUUCCCACCCGUUCUUUGCUGAGUUUAUUUCUGUUCUUGGAUGAGAUGAUGGAUCGGAGCAUAAUUUGUAGAUAGCCAGGAAGGAGCAGGUCUUUAAAUUAUCGAAUAAUCUGACUGGCAUCCAUCUGCAUUUUCAUGCAUUGCGCACUUCAAUACGUGACAUUUAAAGCAGACUGUACAUCUUAUUU